GAGGGAGGAGCUGGGCUGGAACAGUAGAUCCAGAAGCAGCUCUCUGUCAGACUCAGAACGAUGUCCGACCCCACAGUAACCGCUUACCUAACCAAGCUGCUCUGCUCCAAUGAGGGGCGGCUGCCCCGGACCCGGCUGUGCGAGCUCCUGGACCUGUCUGUAGAGCAGAUAGACCAGAUUCUGCGGGAAGAGGCGCAUCGCUUCCCGGUUCUGUCCGGGGAUCUAGUGGUGGCUCGAAACCCAAUUAGAAUCUGCCCGGAGUACAUAAGGGAGCAGCCUGAGGGGUAUGAAUGCGAGAAGCUGCACCUGUGCCCGUUCUAUGCCAGAGGCAGGUGCGGGAACAUGAGGGCUCCAUGCAAAUUCUCACAUGAUAUUCACUCAGAACAUAAUCGUGCUGUGUUAAAAAAUAAUGAGAUCAAUGGGCUGAAUGAGGAAGAAUUAAAAAUACUCCUGUUGCAAAAUGACCACUCAUUGAUGCCUGGGGUUUGUAGGAAGUAUGUGUAUGAUACCUGCCAGAGUGGGAAUGAUUGCAGUAGGCUCCAUGUCUGUGGUUACUUUCUGAAGGGAGAAUGUACCCGUCAUGCCUGUAAGAAGUCUCACAAUCUUCUUGACUCAAAAACAAAUCGUCUGCUUAUAAAGUAUGGGCAGACAGAUGUCUCCAUCCAGAACUUCCAUUUGCUCUGCACAGUCAAAUACAAUAAGGAUCUCCAGUUGCAGCGAGAGGCAAGAAGUGGGCCAAAGAGAGGAGCCAACGCAAACACAAGGGGAAGAGGACGGAGCACAUCUAGAAAUAGAAAUGAUUUAGGAGUUGCAGCUCAGAAUAAACCAAAGAACAGGAGAAGGAAUAGGAAAAAAGGAGAACCAGGACAUUCUUCAACUAAGGGACCCAGCAGUCAAGGGACGGUAGCUACUGAGAGAAAGAAAUGUACAACUUCUGAAAGUGAGCAGGACGAAAAUAAUGAUAGCGAUGAAGAAAGCUGUGAUCAGAACAUACCAGGAAAAUUAUUAAAUGUAAAAUCUGCAGAAAAUUAUGGACAACCCAAAGUAAAUGUUUCCGUUGAAGCCGGACUGCGAGGUCCUGGGAAUGCAGUGCCACCUCCUACGUCAAUAACAUCUUUAUACACUGACAGCUCAUCUACAUGUAUCAAACCUGUGGCAUCUACAAAAUAUAAUACACCAGUGAAAACAACAGUACCUACAAAAUCUGACACAUCAGAGAAAACGAUGGUAUUUAACAACUUUACCACACAAGCAGAAACAAUAUUUACUAAACCUGACAAACUGGUGAAUACUCUCACAAUUUACCCACUGACAUCUUAUACAUCAAAACCUUCAGGUGAUAUAUCAACGCCAUGCCCAUCCAGUGACCAGGAAAAUGCUUUUAUUAAAUCAGGUAUACAGAUGAAUGAAAAUACUCAAAGACUUUGCAGAUUACCUCAAACAAUAAAGGAUGAUACGCCAGGACAAGUUUCCACUACAACACUAUUCAGUUCCCAGAAAAGCACGUUGGCACCUUAUACACCCAUCAAUUUUCCCGUCAGAAAUGUGCCCACUACUGAACACUGUAGUAGUUUUGCAGGGUCACAUAACCCAGUGAAUAUGCCUGCUACACCAUUAAUUUCCCAGAAAAGCACGUUGACACCUUAUACACCCAUACAUUUUCCCGUCAGAAAUUUGCCCACUACUGAACACUAUAGUAGAUUUGCAGGGUCACAUAACCCAGUGAAUACGCCUGCUACAGUUUUUAUCGGCACCCCACUGAUUACACCUUUCAAAUCAGAUGAUCCAGUGAAUAAGCUCACAGUUACUGGCCAGCCAAGUCAAAGCUCUUACAACGUAUCCUCUAUAAAAACUGGAACCAACAUGUCUAUAACAGAAUCGCUAGUAAAUGACACAUAUGGAAUAACUGCAGACAACAGUUAUCGUUAUCCUCAAUUGCACAAUGAAUUUAAAAUGGAUUUUCCCCCUACAACUGGUUUAGUCAACCUUUCCCUAAACGAAAAAUCCAGUGCUGUAAAUUAUACAACUAAGCCCACUCAGUCAGUGAGUCAGAAUGAUGUUUCUAUCAAGAAACCUGAAGUCAAACAUCCCCUAAACGAAACAUCCAGUACUCUAAAUUUUACACCUAAGCCUACUCAGUUAAGCCAGAAUGAUGUUAUUUUUAAGAAGCCUGAAGUUGGUAAAGUUUCUGAAGUUAAUGAGAUCUGUCUCUUCAACAUCUGGAAAUACUGCAAAUUUGGCCUUAAGUGUGGAGCAAAGCACUAUCACCUUCCCUAUUGCUGGCAGUACUUUGAUGGCACCAGAUGGAAAGACAUGCUAAAUAUGGACCAUAUUGAGAAAGCGUACUGUGAUCCCAACGUGGACAGAAUUCCUUUGGUUGAUUUUCAGACAAUGAAAAGUGGUACAAGCACAGUACGGCGCCUGUCCACUCCAUCUUCCGUCACAAAACCUCUUGAAUUUGUUCUGACUACUGAGUGGAUCUGGUACUGGAAAGACGAAACAGGAUCAUGGAUCGAAUAUGGGAAAUUGAAUGGAAAGGAGCAGAUUGCUUCAAUAUCGUCAGCUGUCUUGGAAAACAUCUACCUGGCUGAUCCCAAAGAAGUGGCUCCAUUUGCCGCUGGGCAGCAGAAAUAUGAAAUUAGUUUUAAAGAUAUGAUGCAGAAAAACCUUAUGUUUGGGACACAGAGGGAGGUUCGCAGAAGACCACUCUAUCUUGCUCCAGAUAACGUGAGCAAACUCAGAGGAAGCACAAAGACAACCCAGGUCAGCUCACCUCUAAAAACUGGAGUCUACCCCACAACCUGGGACACUAACGCACUGCCAGAGUUAGGAUAUCAGCUGAUUGAUGUCUCUUCGACUUCCUCUGAAUACACGGAGAUCCACAAAAUGUUCUCCAAGACCUUGUCCAAUCAAGUAGUAAAGAAUAUCAAGCGCAUACAGAACCCAUCUCUUUGGCAAGUUUUCCAGUGGCAAAAGGAACAAAUGAAGAAAAUAAACAAGGGGAGAGAUGCUGUUGAGUGCCAGCUGUUUCAUGGGACAGAUCAUUCCCACCUUAGCACCAUUUGCCAUCAUAACUUUGACUGGCGUAUUUGUGGGACACAUGGAACGUUAUAUGGUCAAGGUAGUUACUUUGCCAGAGAUGCCUCUUACUCCCACAGCUACUCAUCCCCGGAUAGAAGAGGCAGAAGAUCUAUGUUUGUGGCCCGAGUUUUAGUGGGAGACUCUGUUAUUGGGAAUUCCACACUGAAUCGUCCACCCUACAAAUGUGGCAGCACUACCCACAGUUAUGAUAGCUGUGUGGACCAAUUGGUCAAUCCUACCAUCUUUGUAGUGUUUGAAAAGCACCAGAUUUACCCAGAAUAUAUUCUUGAGUAUGAAGAAGAGAAGAAAUCGUGCUGCAUUAGCUGAUGGAAGGAAUGGGAAAUGCAACUCCAGGGCCCACACUACUGGUUGUUUGAAGACCAAUCCAACCUGUAUUAGAGAAUUAGUCAGAUCAAAGUUAUGAUUCUAGAAGAACUAAUAUAAACAAUUUUAUUUUGUUUAGGCAAGCUAUUCGCUCUCAAGUGAAGCAAUAUAUCUAUUGAGUGCACUUAAUUUAAAAAAAAUUCCCUACUUAUCUUUUUUAACCACUAAAAAUUGAGGCCAACAUUUGAUAUUUGAGUACUAGCUAUUCCCAUUCUAAAAGAAACCAAUGCAUAUAAAAUGGUAUAUUAUAUGAACAUUCUACUUUAGGCUUAGGGAAAUUAAAACAAAAUACAUCACAGUUAAUGAUUUGCUUUUUGUCUAUAAAAUAAUUAUUAGGCUCUGGAGCCCUAAGAGAAAUAGAGAAAACAAAUGUGGAAUAUUUGCUACAAUAUAUGUAGAGUUACACAUCUUUUGUUUGGAAAGGAGGGACACGUAUUCUCUAAUGGUUAGUUUACUGUUUAUGGAUUGAGAAUUAUUCAUAGAAAAUUAUCUGAAACUUCAAUCCAUGAAUGGAAUAAUCACAGAAUCUUAAGUCCAUAUGAAGUUGUGACUUUUGAUUCUGCCUCGUCCGCGAGUGCGGAUUGGUUCUUGUAAUUAUACAGAGCAGUAAUUCACUCAUAAUGUAUUUACCCUGCCGUGCAGAUUCUCAGGGUUUUUGCACAAGUGCAAGGUAACAAAGCGAAUAUGCAAUGCAUAUACGUUACAUUUACUUUCUACCUGUUGCUUUGAGACAGUAACUGAUCAAACUGAUCAAAGGUCAGUCUCAUGCACACAUCUUACUUAAUAACAAACCUUAUACUACAUGUGAUACAUGGAUGUAUCUGAUUUCUGCAUGUAAUAGCUUAAACCUAUGUAAACUCAGGGAUUUGAGUUCAGAAGGCAGUAGUGCAGUCAGGUGCAAAUCCAGGUAAGCACAUCAAUCACUUAUUCUAAAAUAGUAGGAUCAGGUUUUAACGGCAAAUAAGGAAAAAUGUGAGGCACGUUUAAUCGGAAGAUAGUACAGUAACAGUAUGUAAUAUAUUACAUAGAAAGAGUCUAAAUUGCACUGCUAUAUUAAACGCUUUGUAAGGCUGAAGAGCUUUUUUUAUAUCAGGACUUUAUAGCAAAGUGCUAAGAUAGCUGGAACAAUAUGCAGGUGUUGGACCAGAAGAUACUAUAGGCAGUUGACAGUCCAGAAGAUACUCUCGGCAGGUUACUGUACAGAAAACAAUAUAGGGAGGUGACUAUCCAGAAGAUACUAUAGGCAGGUGACUGUCCAGAAGACACUAUAGGCAGGUGACUAUCCAGAAGACACUAUAGGCAGGAGACUAUCCAGAAGAUACUAUAGGCAGGUGACUGUACAGAAGACACUAUAGGGAGGUGACUAUCUAGAAUAUACUAUAGGCAGGUGACUAUCCAGAAGAUACUAUAGGCAGGUUACUGUACAGAAAACAAUAUAGGGAGGUGACUAUCCAGAAGAUACUAUAGGCAGGUGACUGUCCAGAAGACACUAUAGGCAGGAGACUAUCCAGAAGAUACUAUAGGCAGGUGAGGUGACUAUCUAGAAUAUACUAUAGGCAGGUGACUGUAAAGAAGACACUAUAGGCAGGUUACUAUCCAGAAGAUACUAUAGGCAGGUGACUGUACAGAAGAUACUAUAGGCAGGUGACUAUCCAGAAGAUACUAUAGGCAGGUGACUAUAUAGAAUACACUAUAGGCAUUUGACUAUCCAGAAGAUACAAUAGGCAGGUGACUGUACAAAAGAAACUAUAGAGAGGUGACUGUCCAUAAGACACUAUAGAUGCUCUGUCAGCUGCAUUUAAAAAGUGCAGUGUAGGAGGCAUUUACUCCACUAAAAUGCGGCCAACUCUUGGAGGAGAACACAACAGUAGCAUUGUCAUUUCCAUACGGUAAAGCCAUGUGACUAUGUUUUGUGUUGCAGUCUUCUCUAGCAGCCAUGUAUUACACAUACCCUAAAGCUGUAAUCUGGCUACUUCUUCCUACCCUACCAGCAAAGGUUCUGCUAAAAAGCAGGAUCAAAACAACAGAAACCAAAGCAGAAAUAUUGUCUGAAGUGGCCUCUAAUGAGUAGCUGUUAUCAGCAGCAGCAAAAAUACAACACGUUUAUAUUAACUUGUGCAGUUGAUAAUGUCUUACCAAUUGAAUUAGAUUUGUUUAUAUUGUUUAUGAAAAAGAUAGUGAAUGCACUUUCUACAUGUAGGGGAAUCGCAUACUGUUUCUACAUGAAAAUAACUGUAUAACCUAGGACCUAUGAGAAAUAAUUAUAUUAGAAUGACAAAUGUGUUAUUUUAUAAAAUGUAUGUUUCAUUCACACAUACAGUUAGAUUUAUGUAAUAAGAUAUUUGUGUUCAACAGCCGUAAAUGUUUUACUUAAAAAAAAAAAACCAAUAAAACAAGAAUAUAUUUUAAAUAUCAUUAAAGAACUACAUUGUACCCAAA